AUGAAACGCCCUAACUCUACCCGCUUCCUGCAAAUCCACGCCGCUGUGAACGGGCAUGAUUACGAGCCUGUCGCAUCUUACAAGCCAGACAAGAUUGUUGAUACUCAGGACCAUGCGUCCCUUCACUCCAGGCUCCAGCAACUUUGUUCUGCAGAGUUCUGGCCACGCAACUCUCAUACAAGCUGCUGCCCGCGUCCCAUUCUCAUCAGCCCCGAGCACCAGAAACAAGUGAAGAAUCUACACGAAGGCUUGGUCCUCGCAAUUACGGAUAUUGUCGAAAGAUGGUGGACUGACGACGUGGCUCGAUUCCCGGAGCGCAUGCCCUUAUCAGAGUCAGAGGAGGAUCUGCUCCGAUGGAUGGAUGCUCAGCCUGACGCCAUACUUCCUCCUUACAGAGGGCGUUUGGGCUCGUGGCGACCGGACUUUCUCAUUGAGCAGGAUAGCGCCGGGGAUGAGAAUUUCCGCAUCAGCGAGAUUAAUUCCCGCUUCUCGUUCAAUGGACUCAUGCACGAGGCAUAUGCUCAACAGGCAUUACAAGACAUUGGCGUCAGCAACGGGCGGAAUGGCCUCAUGGGAACAUCAGAUGUUUCCAAGAUGGUCGGGGGGUUGCUGCGUCUCUUCCAGCCGAGUCAACCCCUGCACCUGCUGAAGGGUAAAGAGAAGGGCAUGGACAUCCAUAUGUUUGUAGAUUUCGCGCGGCGUCAUUUAGGACUGACUCCACGGUUCAUUACACCCGAGGAUCUUCGACUGGUUCCGGAUCCACACUCCACUGGGCACUUCAAGCUUUGCUGCUUGGCACAAAGCGAUGCGAGUCCCCUGAGCCCGAACCUGGUAAACAGCGAGGGAGAAGUCUUGGAGGAGAUCCAGCAAGUCGGACUGGAGCUGCAUCAACAUGAGCUCCUCAGCCUGCAGCCUGAAAUGCUGCGUCAGCUCAGUCUCCGGUGUUUCAACGAUCUGCGCACAGUUCUACUGGUCCACGACAAGCGAAUGCUCGGCAUUGUCAGAGAAGAAGUUCAGCCUCUGGUUGCCAGGGGUGUGCUGACCCCCUUGCAGGCCACCUGCCUGGACCGGGGCAUCGCAGAAACACUCCUCCCCGGAUCACCGGACCUGGAGGCCCUACUGCAGCGCUGUCGGGUCUCCCCCACCCUUAAAGCCGAUUAUAUUCUCAAGCCAAUUCGCAGUGGCAAGGGGGAUGGCAUCAUCUUCGGAGACGACCUGAGCCCGGCGCAGUGGAUUUCGUGUGUUGAGGGUCUGAGUUUCGCCGCGCUACUUCCGGGUAGCACUAAGUUUGUCGUCCAACGCAAGAUCACCCCUGUUCUGUACGAUGUGUUCCUGCGGGAGUCGGGUACCAAGAUGCAAUAUCCCCUCGUUGGGACAUACCAUUCGAUCGAUGGGGAAUACCUGGGAUUUGGGGUGUGGCGCAGUAGCGCGGAUCGAGUGGUCGCCAUCAGCCAUGGAGGUGCAUGGAUGUGCUCUGUCAUGCAUCGUGAUUGA